AUGGCAAAUAUCAGGAAUUUUGCCAAUCAAAUACAACAAGCAUACACAACGCAAGAUGAAGCAUUGUUUAGUAGGCUGAUCACCAUCGACAUCUCGAGUCCAACAGUAAACACACUUGCACAAGAUCUUCAACACACAAGCGACGACCAAGUACAAGACAUGAUCAAUGGUAUACUGGAAGACACUUCUUAUGCACUAGCAGAGGCUACGAACAACUACAUGGAAGUCGUUCGUUACCUAACCAGCACAGAUAUUGAUUUUGUGUUUGAAACGUUUGCAAACUUUUACAGAUCAUUAAUACCAGUAUUCAAUGGAUCCGAUACGUUUUACAUGAUGCCCGUCAUUAAAUCGCUCUCAACAUCGCUUGUGCAAUUAGCAUUUCGUGUGGACAAAAUGGGAUUACGAGGAAAAGCUCGCAAAGCCAACUUGGCAGCUAGACUAGUGUCCAAAGUAUUCAACAUCAUGUUGGCGGAUAGAUCACCCAUGGAGACUUCCAAACGACAAGGCAUAUUUCACAUCACCAACUUGGCAUUCAAAGUGUACUUUAAAUUGGAUUCUGUCAGAAUGUGCCAAACAUUCAUCUCCAAUAUCAGUUCGGGCGGCUUGGAACUAGAUAUGUUUCCCAUCAGUCAACAAGUGACCUACAAAUACUACAUUGGGCGAUAUGCGCUUUAUCAUGGACGUUUGCAGCAUGCUCAAAGUUGCCUCAUGUUUGCAUUUGAGAAAUGCCAUGCUCAUCAAUGGCACAACAAACGAUUGAUUCUGCACUACCUGAUCCCUACACGUAUCAUUUUGGGUCAUUUCCCAUCGAUGGAACUACUUGAAAAGUAUCAAUUAGCACCACCCUACGUCAAUCUGAUCAACACCAUCCGUUCGGGCAACAUCCAUGGUUUUCUCGACCAUUUGGAAACCUACUUUGACUAUUUCUAUCAACGAUUGACUUAUUUGCUUCUGAAAGAAAGAGGCAUUGUGCUGGUGUGGCGCUGCUUGUUGAAGAAUGCCUAUGCUAUGCAACAGAAGAUUGGUAUUGUCACCGGGCCUAAAUUGGGAUUCGACACAAUGCUACGUGCCUUUGUCUUGUCCAGUCAAGGUGAUGAGGCCUAUGAGUGCGAUGAUUUGGAGUGCAUUGUUGUAUCGUUAGUGAACCAGGGUUAUAUUCGUGGUUAUAUACAUCAUCAACACCGAUACCUCGUGUUUAGUAAGACAACACCCUUCCCACCUAUCUGCAAUGUCAUUGCUCAUGUGGAGAGAUACGAUGAAGCCACCAUAGAAGAGCAUUUGAAACAACCGCAGCCCUUGUAUCCUCAAAUAAAGCAAUUAAUGGAAUAA